AUGGCCGUCUAUGCCCUCACGGGCUUCUCGCUCGUCAGCCUGCUCAGCUUUGGCUAUUUAUCCUGGGACUGGAUGAAGCCCAGUUUGGUGGCCAACGUGGCCAUGGAUCCCAUGGAGAAAUCAUUGCCUCCUGCCUUCGCCAGGCCACCCCACAUCAUCUUCAUUCUGACGGAUGACCAGGGCUACCAUGACGUUGGGUAUCACGGCUCAGAUAUCCAGACACCAACGCUGGACAGGCUGGCAGCUGAGGGCGUUAAGCUGGAGAACUACUACAUCCAGCCCAUCUGCACCCCGUCCCGGAGCCAGCUGAUAACUGGCAGGUACCAGAUCCACACAGGGCUGCAACACUCCAUCAUCCGCCCUCGGCAGCCCAACUGCCUGCCCCUCGACCAGGUCACCUUGCCCCAGAAGCUGCAGGAAGCUGGCUACUCCACACACAUGGUGGGCAAGUGGCACCUUGGCUUCUACAAGAAGGAAUGCCUGCCCACCCGCCGGGGCUUCGACACCUUCCUGGGCUCCCUGACGGGCAACGUGGACUACUACACCUACGACAACUGCGAUGGGCCGGGCGUCUGCGGCUACGACCUGCACGAAGGGGAGGAUGUGGCUUGGGACCAGAGUGGGAAGUACUCCACCUUCCUCUAUGCCCAGCGUGUCAGCAAGAUCUUGGCAUCCCACAGCCCCAAGGAGCCCAUCUUCAUUUAUGUGGCCUUCCAAGCGGUCCACACACCUCUGCAGUCACCCAAGGAGUACAUCUACCGCUACCGCUCCAUGGGCAACGUUGCUCGCCGCAAGUACGCGGCCAUGGUGACGUGUAUGGAUGAGGCAGUGAAGAACAUCACCUGGGCUCUCAAGAAGUAUGGUUAUUAUGACAACAGUGUGAUUGUGUUCUCCACUGACAACGGUGGCCAGACCUUCUCUGGGGGAAGCAACUGGCCGCUACGGGGCCGCAAAGGGACGUACUGGGAAGGGGGAGUCCGUGGCAUCGGUUUUGUCCACAGUCCCCUGAUCAAGCGCAAGCGCCGGACCAGCUGGGCGCUGGUUCACAUCACAGACUGGUACCCGACUCUGGUCAGCCUGGCCAGGGGCAACCUGAGCAACGUCCCAGGCUUGGAUGGCUACAACGUCUGGCCUGCCAUCAGCGAGGGCAAGGAGUCACCGCGAACCGAAAUCCUGCACAACAUCGACCCCCUGUACAACCAUGCCAAGUACGGCUCCUUGGAGGAUGGCUUUGGCAUCUGGAACACAGCUGUACAAGCCUCCAUCCGGGUCGGGGAGUGGAAGCUCCUCACUGGUGACCCAGGGUACAGCGACUGGAUCCCCCCACAGACCCUGACCAACUUCCCGGGGAGCUGGUGGAACCUGGAGCGUCUCACUGAUGGCCUGAGGAAAUCCGUGUGGCUCUUCAACAUCACUGCUGAUCCCUACGAACGCUACGACCUCUCAGACCAGCGCCCAGAUGUGGUCAGGACCCUCCUGAUGAGGUUGGUGCACUACAACCGGACGGCCAUCCCAGUGCGGUACCCUGCAGAGAACCCCCGGGCUCACCCGGACUUCAACGGCGGUGCCUGGGGACCUUGGGCCAGCGAGGACGACGUGGAGGAGUGGGAAGGCAUUGGGGAGCCCCUGAAGAGUAGGAACAAGAAGAAGAAGUGCAAGAUCUGCAAACUGCGCUCUUUCUUCCGCAAGCUGAACACCAGGCUCAUGUCCAACCGCAUCUGA